AUGGCAAAACUUUCAGAAAAUGAUUUGAAUGACUUUUUAAAUCCGGGAGCUGUUUGCAUCAAGCCAGCAGAAGUGAAAAAAUCAGAAAAAGGACAUGAAAAUAAUGAAAUUCAAGUAGAAGGAGAGUCUUAUUACGAAGUUACCAAAGAUACAGGAGAAUCAAAAGAAUUAGAAGUAGCUAGCAUCUCAUUGAAUGAUUGCUUGGCUUGCAGUGGAUGUAUCACUUCGGCAGAAACAGUGUUGGUAAACUUACAAUCGUACCAGGAGGUCCUGAAACGAUUGGACUCUAGAACAGAUGGCCAAGAGGUUUUUUACGUGUCUUCAAGUCCGCAAGUACGUGCAAACUUAGCUGCUUAUUAUGGCAUCUCUUUAGAGGAAAUGCAGGAUGUUUUGGAGAUGGUGUUUGUUGGUAAACUUGGAUUUUGUACCGUUUUAGAUACCAAUGCUGCCCGAGAGAUCGUGUUGCAGCAGUGUGCAGAAGAAUUUUGUGAGUCAUGGAAGCAAAAACAACAAGAAAAGGCGCUUGAAAGCGGAAGUGAGAAAGCCAUUGAUUUCAGUGCGUCUGAGGUGCAGAAAAACUCUAAAAAUACGGUAUCCUCUUCUAAAUCCGAACCACAUACAAAGUUGCCAAUCCUUUCGUCUUCUUGUCCCGGAUGGAUUUGCUACGUUGAAAAAACACAGUCAGCACUCAUUCCACAUCUGUCACAAAUACGCUCACCUCAGCAGGCAUGUGGACGUUUAAUCAAAGAUUGGGCAAGCAAACAGUUUUCAUUGCCUCGUGAGCAAGUUUGGCAUUUGAGUCUUAUGCCUUGUUUCGACAAAAAGCUAGAAGCAAGUCGGGAAGAGUUUUCCGAAGAUGGCAUUCGAGAUGUCGAUGCUGUUUUGACACCAAAAGAAAUUGUAGAGAUGUUUAAACAUUUCAACUUGGACCCAAGAAGCAUAAUACAAAACAGAAUUCCUUACAAAAUUUCGGAUAAGACGUUACCAGCUUGGUAUCCACGAUUGACGUAUGUGGAACAGAUGGGUUCUAGCUCUGGUGGAUACAUGAGUUAUGUUAUGUCUUAUGCUGCUGAAAUGCUCUUUGGUAUCCACGAUGCAAAUGCAUUCGUUACAAAAGUCAACCAAAAUGGCGAUUUAACUGAAUACAUGCUACGAAAUCCCCAAAACGAUGAAGUUUUGUUAACGAUGGCUACCUGUUAUGGCUUUCGAAACAUCCAAAAUUUGGUACGUAAAGUGAAUGGCAACUCUAGCCGUCGAGGACAAGUAUUACUGAAACGGAGAAUGAAAACGGAUGCUCAGAAAGCGCAACAGAAGAGCCGCCAAUAUGAUUACGUAGAAGUUAUGGCUUGUCCAGGAGGUUGUAUAAAUGGAGGUGGCCAAGUCCCAUUUCCUUCUGGUGAACGGGUUUUGGCAAGUCGAGAAUGGAUGAACCAAGUGGAAUCCUUAUACAAUUCCCCUGGAAGAAAAGAGGUUGAUCGUUCUUUUGUUAACAACAGCCUUGAGCAAUGGAUUCAAGAUCCACAGCUGGCUCCAGAAUAUCUACAAGCGACCUACCGGUCCGUGGAAACAGAUUUGUCGAAUCCCUUAUUGCUGGCCAAUAAGUGGUAA